AUGAUGCCAGGCAAAACAGUGGAAGUGGGCCGCGCGGCCUUCAGCACUCCAAAUCGGCGCUUUACUCUUUUGGACGCUCCCGGCCACAAAGCCUUCGUCCCCAACAUGAUCGAAGGCGCAGCCCAGGCUGACGUGGGGGUGUUGAUUAUUUCUGCUCGAAAAGGAGAAUUUGAAACGGGUUUUGAAAAGGGGGGCCAAACAAGAGAACACACACUGUUGGCUAAAACCCUCGGGGUGUGCCAGUUGGUGGUUGCGGUGAACAAAAUGGACGAGUCGACGUGUCAGUGGAAUGAAGAGCGUUAUCGGGAAAUCCAAAGAAAGACAAAAACCUUUUUCCAAAAUUGUGGUUUUGUGUUUGGCAAAAACCUUUCUUACAUUCCCAUUUCCGGACUCGCGGGCCAAAACCUCAAGUGCCACGUCUCGCGGCCAGGAAGCCCCUGCUUCGAUCCCAAGGCCAGUUGGUACCCCGCAGAAGAGCCGACUCUCUUUGAAGUCCUCGACUCUCUAAGCCCUCCCCCCAGAAACCCAAACGCCCCCCUCAGAAUCCCCAUUCUGGACGGCUACAAAGACAACGGCGUCACAGCUCUGGGCAAAGUUGAGGCCGGCACUGUCACUUAUGGCAUGGAAGCGCUGCUGCUACCCCAGAAAAAGCGGGUGAAGGUGAGUGGGAUAUUCCUGGACGAGCUGGAGUGCUGCGCCGCCUCCGUGGGCGAAAACGUGCGCCUGAAAUUGCUCGGCUGCGACGAAGACGCGCUGGCCGCCGGCGCUGUUCUCUGCGGCCCCCAAAAGCCCUGCCGGCCGGCGCUGCGCAUUUUGGCCUACGUGAAGGUGAUGGAGUUGCUGGAGCACCGCCCGCUGCUGACUGCGGGGUACGCCUGCGUCAUGCACGCACACACCGCCCGCGAGGAGGUCAUGCUCGGCAAAAUUCUCGAGUCUUCUGACGGAAAAAAGAAAAAAACUAAUCCCCAGUUUGUCACCAGCGACUGCCUCGUCAGCAUCGAGAUCAUGGAAGCAAAAGCAGCAGCAGCAGAAGCAGCAGCAGCAGCAGAAGCAGCAGCAGCAGAAGCAGCAGCAGCAGCAGAAGCAGCAGCAGCAGAAGCAGCAGCAGCAGCAAAACAUAAAAGGGAAAACGAUAGCGGCUGGGCGCGUGACAAAGAUUCUUGA